UGACGCAUUAGAACAUGAUUGGGACGGUGACAGCCUGAUCCAGUGGCACGGUCACUCCGAGAUGGGUCAUGUCUAAUAUUAAUUCCAGCCAGCUUCCUGACCCCGCCGACUCGGGAAAGACCGACAGACAGAGUCCUGGAGAGAUGGACAGCGAGACGACCGUGACCGCCACGACGGCCGCCGCCGCCGCCACUACCAGCGCCUCCACCCCCACCCCCACCCGUACCCAGGCUCCCCCCACCUCUCUCUACAGCGCCCCCACCGACAGACAGGCCGUCCAGGUGAUCCAGCAGGCCAUGCAGCGGCCGCAGAGCAUGGCGGCGCAGUACCUGCAGCAGAUGUACGCGGCGCAGCAGCAGCACCUCCUGCUCCAGACCGCAGCCCUGCAGCAGCAGCAGAGCCUGGCCGCCGUGCAGCAGACCACGCUGUCGGGAAGCAGGCAGUCGCCCUCCCCCUCCCCCUCGCCCAACGGGAGUGUCGCCCCGUCACCUGGAGUAUCGCAGGCCCCGAUCACGCUGCCCAGUUCCCCGGUGACAGCCCAGCUCAUCAGCCGCUCCCAGAACUCCAGCUCCACCGCCGCCGGGGGCGCCAUAUCCCAGCAGGCUAUGCUCCUGGGCAACGGCUCGCCCACCUGCAGCCAGGCCCAGAUGUACCUGCGCACCCAGAUGCUGAUUCUGACUCCUGCUGCCACGGUGGGGGCGGUGCAGUCUGAGCUGCCAGUCAUUUCCUCUGCCUCCUCUCAGCCCGCCUCCACCCAGGUGCAGAGUCUGGCUGUGCGGGCCAACCCCCCCAGUGCCCCGCCUGCAGCGCAGAGCGUCCCGCUCAAGGCCUCCUCGCAGGGGACGGCGCUGGCACCCUCGCUCCCCAAAAUGUCCAUAUGCCCUCUGAGGCCCAGCCAGCAGCCAGAGUCCUCGGAGAGCAGCCCUGGGAGUGAGUCCCGGGCCACGGAGGUCGCCCGCCUGCCCUCUGCCCAUCAGCUCAUUGUGCCAACAUCGUACUCCCCCAUCCAGCCUCAGGCUCUGCUGAAGCACCAGCUGCACUGCACACCUGGCCACAAGGGAGCACACCACCAGCUCAUCAUACAGCAGCCUGCCGGUGCCCUCAGGCAGGUCCAACCCAUAGCCCUGCGGGUCACGGCGCAAGAGACUCCUCCCCCCUCCCAGCACUGCGUCUCCAUUCAGACCCUGACCACGCCCACCGCGGCCACUGUCCAAUCGCAGCACUGCGUGGCCAUCUCCACAGCGGCCCUCCCGACAGAGCCGUCACAGUCCGCCGCGCAGCAGCAGACCGUGGUCGUUUCCCCCGCAGCCCCUCAGUCGCCCACCUGCCAGUCCCCGGCCAUCGUCAUCCAGCCCCAGGCCGCCCUCGUCCAAUCGCAGCCUCCGCCUCUGCGGCUCGGCCCCGCCCAGUUGCCCUCGCAUGUCGAGUCCCUCCCCCAGACCGCGGCCAUGACCACCACCACCUCGUCCGCUUCCCUCCAGGCCUCCCAGCACGUCUUCCUACCUCAGGCCACGCCUCCCCCUCCCACUGCCCCACCCUCAGCUCCGCCCACCUCGGUGCAGCCCCUCCCCCUGCAGGCCCUGGCUGUGCCGUCAGGGCAGGUGCUGCUGUCCGAGGAGGAGCUCCCCGUGGCCGAGGCGCUGGUCCAGAUGCCCUUCCAGAACCUUCCGCCUCCUCAGACCAUCGCGGUGGACCUGAAGGUUCAGCCAGCUGCCCCCACAGAGCCCCCAGUGCAGGGGCAGGAGCUGUACGAGGUUCAGGGGACGUGCGCAGAGGAAGCGAGAGAGGAUGGCCCCACGCAGGCACGCAGGAACAGGACGCCGACUCCUCCAACUCUGUCGCCACCUGCCAGGCCGGAGGGGAACUGCGAGGACUCGUCUGCCCACAAGGACAGCAAUACAGCGGUUUCUGUUUUUUCCUGCGUAACGUCGACGGGCAGCACCUCUGUGAUACGGUCCCCCGGAGAGUCCCCUUAUGUCAACUCCUCCCCCCCUCCCCUCCUGCCUGCAGUGGUAAGAAGCGCCAGCCAGCCCCCCCCAGCCAGCCUCCCAGGGGGUCCUGAGAGCCAGCCCCCACAGGCGAUCGUUAAACCCCACAUCCUCACACACCUCAUUGAGGGCUUCGUCAUCCAAGAGGGGCUGGAGCCGUUCCCGGUGAGCCGCUCCUCCCUGAUGGUGGACCAGCAGGCCUCGCUGCCCGACACCCAGGAGGUGAAGUCCAACGGCGGGCAGCAGCAGCCCUGCGACGCCCCCAUGGACACCGAGCCCCCGGAGAACUCCACCGACUCGGACAUGGAUGACGCGCCCGCUGCCGAGGCAGACGGGGCGGAGGAGGGGGCCGUGGGCGUGCUGGAGUGCGAGUUCUGUGGGAAGAGGGGGUACGCGCACACCUUCCUCAGAUCCAAGCGUUUCUGCUCCAUGAUCUGCGUACGACGGUAUAACGUCAGCUGCACCAAACGCAUCAGCUUGCUGAAGGCCGAUAAAACGGGACGUUGGCCCCGCAGGACGGAUGGGAGGCGGGGCCGUCCCCCGAGCCGGCCUGACGGGGGCUCCAGAGAGCACUUCCUCAGACAGGUGGACGUCCAGCCCUCGCGGGAGGAAGAGGAGGAGGAGGAGCCCCCAGUCCCCAUGACGACAAGGCUGCGGCGGCAGACGGAGCUGGAGCGGGAGCGAGAGCGGGAACGGGGCCUGGUGAGGACGAGGGAGGCCUCGGGCGGCCCCCCCGGCAGCCCAUCCGCCGCCCACUCCAACCCCACGCUCUGGAGCGUCCAGGAAGUCUGGUCUUUCAUAUACAACCUGCCAGGGUGCCAGGACAUCGCUGAGGAGUUCCGCCUGCAGGAGAUCGACGGCCAGGCCCUGCUGCUGCUCACCGAGGAGCACCUGAUGAGCGCCAUGAACGUCCGCCUGGGCCCGGCGCUCAAGAUCUGCGCCCGCAUCAACUCCCUGAAGGAGAGCUAGAGAGAGAGAGGAAGAGAGGGAGAGAGAGAAGAGAGAGAGUGAGAGGGA